UCGUUGCCCCUGGUUGCCGUUUGUUGACUUCCGGUAACGCGGUAGUCGCAAAUGUCGGGAGUGUCGCCAUGGGGGGCAGAGGGGCUUCCGCGGCCCAAGUUGGGGCUGAGGUGCUGCCUUAGGCCUAACCGAGUCUCUCCCGCCGUCUUUCCGGCCCAGACGAACCCACCUCGUUUCGCCCUCGGCAUGGGGGAACCUGAGGAGGUGGUGCCCGAUUCGGGUGCUGUGUUUACAUUUGGAAAAACUAAAUUUGCUGAAAAUAUUCCCAGCAAAUUCUGGUUUAAAAAUGAUAUCCCUACAUAUCUUGCAUGUGGAGAUGAACAUACUGCUAUUAUUACAGGAAAUAAUAAACUUUACAUGUUUGGCAGUAACAACUGGGGCCAGUUAGGACUAGGAUCAAGGUCAACUGUUAGCAAGCCAACGUGUGUCAAAGCUUUAAAACCCGAAAAGGUGAAAUUUGCUGCCUGUGGACGGAACCACACCCUGGUUUUAACAGAAGAAGGCAAAGUAUAUGCAGCUGGAGGAAAUAAUGAAGGACAGCUAGGACUUGGUGACACUGAAGAUAGAAACACUUUUCAUCCAAUUUGUUUUUUUACAUCUCAGCAUCAGCUUAAACAGCUCUCUGCUGGAUCUAACACUUCAGCUGCACUAACCGUGGAUGGAAACCUUUUUAUGUGGGGAGAUAAUUCUGAAGGGCAAAUUGGUUUAAAAAAUGUACCCAAUGUGUGUGUUCCUCAUCAAGUGACCGUUGGGAAACCUAUCGCCUGGAUCUCUUGUGGAUAUUACCAUUCAGCUUUUGUAACAAUGGAGGGAGAACUAUAUACAUUUGGAGAAACUGAGUGUGGGAAGUUAGGUCUUCCCAGACAGCUGCUGAUGAAUCAUAAAGUGCCCCAGCUGGUGCCUGGAAUUCCUGAGAAGGUGAUCCAAGUAGCUUGUGGUGGAGGGCACACGGUGGUUCUCACAGAGAAAGCUGUGUACACCUUUGGACUGGGACAAUUUGGUCAGCUGGGUCUUGGCACUUUUAUCUUUGAAACUGCAGAACCCAAAAUCCUUGAGCCUAUUAAGGACCAGAAAAUAAUUUAUAUUUCCUGUGGAGAAAAUCACACAGCUUUGAUAACAGAUGUAGGCCUUAUGUAUACUUUUGGAGAUGGUCGACAUGGAAAAUUAGGACUUGGAAUGGAGAAUUUUACCAAUCAGUUCAUUCCUACUUUGUGCUCUAAUUUUUUGAGAUUUAUGGUUGAAUUGGUUGCCUGUGGUGGAUGUCACAUGAUAGUUUUUGCCACUCCACGACUUGGUAUAGCAGAAGAAAUUGAUGAAAUGUACAGUCCUCACAUACCUGCAGCGGCUUCUCUGCCCAUCAGCCAUCCGACCUCAGGAAAUGUACUGCGUAGAACUUUAUCUGCACGAGUGCGACGAAGAGAAAGGGAGAAAUCCCCAGAUUCUAUUCAAAUGACACAAACACUACCUCCAACUGAAGGGACUCUCGAGCCACCUGUUCAUUUUGACCGUGGUUCAGUUCCUUUGUGCAUAUCUACCAGUAAGCUGCCAGAAAAAACAAUAACUAAAGAGGAAGACGCCGUGAUGCCCCUGAAACCAGAUUAUCUCCUUUAAACCCUGAAGCAAUUCCAUGAAUUAGACAGUUCUUCAACAGUAGAUUCAGAAAGCCUUGGAGAAACUACUGAUGUCUUAAAUAUGACACAUAUGAUGAGCCUAAAUUCCAAUGAAAAGUCUUUAAAAUUAUCACCAAUUCAGAAACAAAAGAAACAAGAAACAGUUGAGGAACUGAAGCAGCGUACAGAUCAUACUGAAAAUGAUGAUAGCAGUGAAUAUGAAAGUGAAGAGAUGUCCAAAAACUUGAAAGAAGGGAAAGUAUAUAAGCAACAUUUGGCUAAAGGAACAUACAUGAUACAAACAUCUAUGUAUGUGCAAGCAUUUUCAGAUGAGGACGUAGGUCAUGACUCAGACCAGCCUGGGCCUCAGGCUGACACCAAUGAGGAGAGCUCGCAAAAACAGCUAUUUAGAUUUAAAAGCAAGAUUUAUCCACUUGAUGAUAAGGAAAUAGAAAAGAAAAGUGAUGGAGGACACAGUCAGAAAGAUUCAGAAGCAGAAGAAAUAGUCUCUGAGAAGGAAACUAAGCUAGCAGAAAUGGCAGGUCUGAAGGAUAUAAGAAAAAGUGAAGAGGCUAUAAAAAAUGUUAAUACAUUAUUUGACAACUCAUCAAAUAGAGACAUGAUAAUUGAGGAUAUUGAAGACGAUGAUUUUGUUAAGGAGAGACAAGAGAACGAGGAAGAUGGGAUCCCUGGCAGUGAAAGAGAAUCUAUACAGGAGCCAGAAAGUCACUUGGAAGGUGAAAGUGAAAGUCAGCAGGGUACAAGUGAUGGUUUCCAGCCUCCUGAGUCAGUGGAAUUUAGUAGUGGAGAAAAAGAUGAUGAUGACGUGGAAGUUUGCCAAAACUUAUGGUAUGACAGAAAAUGUAUUAAACAAGGACAUGAGGAAGAGACUGAGCACAAAAUCUCUGAAUUCAUGGCAAAAUAUGAUUUUAAGUGUGACCGCUUGUCAGAGAUACCAGAGGAAGAGGAAGGAGCAGAGGAAGAGGAAGGAAGUGGAAUAGAGGAGCAAGAGAUAGAGGAAAAUGUGGAGAUGCCUGGAGGAAAGGAGGAGGAGGAAGCAGAAAUCCUAUCAGAUGACCUUACAGACAGAGCAGAGGAUCACAAACUUUCAGAAAUUGAAGAACCAGAAGACAAGGAUGAGGAAAUUGAUGAAUAUCUGGAAGGCGAGAAGCAAGCUGUGGAAGACAAUAAAAAUGUUCCUGCAGAUGGCAACAGUGAAACCAGUGACAACUCAGGUGAAAAGGUAUUAACAACCAUUGAAAAGGACAAAAAAAACAACCAAGAGGAACGGGCCAUUUGUGAAUACAAUGAAAAUCCAAAAGGAAACAUGUCUGAUCAUGCAAAGAGCAGUUCUUCAGAAAUCCUGGAAGAUAGUGAAUCCGCACCAGGCAAAGAAAUAAAAAUAACAAAGAAGAUUUUCCUCUUUAAAAGGCUGUCAUUGAUGAGUUCGAAAAGUAUGCAGAAUGAGCCACUCCCAGAAAUAAAACCAACAGCAGAUCGAAUAGCUUUUAAAAGCAGUAAGAAAGAUACCAACCAGAACCACAAGGGGCAAAAUCAUCAGGAUACUCCACCCCCAAAUACAGAGAGAACAUCAAAAUCUUGUACAAUUCUUUAAAUAUAUAUUUAUGUGGUCACCAAGCACAUUGUAAUUUAUCCUUGAAAAAACAUAACUUCUGAAGAAAUAUUUCUGAUAACAAACUUUUAAAGAUAUAAGUUAAUAAUAUGUUUUAUUUGGUUUGACUAGUACAACCAGUUUUGAUAUUUAUUUAUGCUAAUAUUUUUGACAAGCAAUUUCAAAAUAUGUGUAUCUCAAACUCUCAAGUGUUUUGGCCUUAACUAUUCAGUGUUGCAUAAAAAAUAUAUUUUCAUAUCUGAAGGUCGAAUUAAGAUAUUUCAUAGUUUUUACUAAAGAAUUUUACUUCUUAUAAUUUCAUAAGGCCAUUAUUUACUAUCUCAUGACACUGUAACAGUUUUUCAUGUAUUUGCAAUUUUUUAAAACUGAGUCAAAAUUGUUUUUAAUGAGCAUUUGUUUUUAAUAAACUAUGGUUGGUUCCACUGUUUUAAUGGGUUAAUAUGAAUAAAAUUGGAGGUACUGGGAGUGAUCAGUUGAUAAAACGGGCAAAAAAUAUCUAAUUUUAAAAUAUUGAAAAAUGCAUAUACCUCUAAAUAAAGGAAAUAUUAGUA